AUGCAGCAGGCCGGCGUCGUCGCCGCCGGCACCCAGCCACGCGUCGCAUCUCCCCGCCUCCCAAAAGCCAAACCGGAGCCAUCCCCGCCGCCGGCCCGCCCAGGCCCAGAUGGGGCCCAACGGGCCCAGAUCUGGGCCGAGCGGACGAAGCCAGAUCCCGCCGUCGCGUUGCCCCGCCACCAACGGCGGCGCCGCCGCCCAGAAGCUCGCCUGCAUGCGCCACGGAGCCCCGCCGCCACGCCAGACCGCCGCCGCCUAGAUGCACCCCCCGGAGCCGCUCCGCCCGCGCCGGAGAGCGACCGGGAGGGGAAGGGCCAGGAGGCCGCCGCCACCAGCAGCCCCAGGGCCAAGCCGGCCGCGGGCGCCGGCGACGGCGGCGAGAAGGAAGAGGGGAGGGGGGAGCCUGGAGGGAGGAGGCCCGACGCGCGGCCGGUCGCCCCGGGGGGGGGGGGCGACGCGGUCGCGAGAGAGAAGUCUAUUGCUCCUGUGGCCAUCCAAAUCAAUUAUCUGCUCGAAAGUGGGACAUAG